UGCGUCGCUCGGUGGGAGUUAGGGGUAUUCGACAAUCAGGAGGGGAGCAAAGAGAGAAGAGAUCAACGACAGCGACCAUAAAGAGCGCGCGCAGAUCGCUGAAAAUGGCGAAGCAAGUCUAGUCAUUGGCGUAUAGCAGUGAUCGACUCUCGUGUGUGACUAUUCUCUCAUCACCGACGGCUCGGUGAGCCGCUGACACUGAGGAUUCGAGAUCGCCGUCACCACCAUUACUCGUACGGUUACUGCUGCUAUUAUUCGAGGUCGGGGGAUAACCCCGAGGCAAUGGCCAUGUCAAAUCUUUAUUCGAAGAUCGCCACCAAGCCGGUGAAGCGAUUCCAAGAGAACAUUUCCGUAAGCCAGACAAACGCCUGGGUAAACGCGGAAUUACCAAGCACAGUAUCAGGAUCACCACCAUCAGUCAGUCCAAUAUCUUCAAUAGUUCUACAACGUGAGGGAGUAGUUAGUCAACCUUUAAGUAUACCAGCAUCGCCACUGUCUUCUAUUUCUUCACCAAUCAUUCAAACAUUUAAUCUUUUAUCUUUGGAAGACUGUACUCAAGAUCCAAAUUGGCAGGCUACAAAGCCUACAAUAAGAGAACGAAAUGCAGCAAUGUUCAAUAAUCCACUUAUGGCUGACAUUCAAUUCAUUGUUGGAAAUCCAGGACAUACCCAAACUAUCCCAGCACAUAAAUAUGUACUAGCCACAGGUAGCUCUGUUUUUUAUGCCAUGUUUUAUGGAGGUCUAGCCGAAAACAAAAAUGAAAUAGAAGUUCCAGAUGUAGAACCUGAUGCAUUUUUAGCAUUGUUAAGAUACAUGUAUUGUGACGAUGUUAAACUUGAAGCUGAUACCGUAUUAGCAACGUUAUAUGUUGCAAAAAAGUACAUCGUUCCACAUUUAGCCCGCGCCUGCGUUACUUUUUUAGAAACGAGUUUAAACGCCAAAAAUGCGUGUCUACUACUGAGCCAAUCCCGAUUAUUCGAAGAACCUGAUCUCAUGCAACGCUGCUGGGAGGUUAUUGAUGCCCAAGCAGAAAUGGCUUUGCGAUCGGAAGGUUUUGUUGAAAUAGACAUUCAUACGCUUGAAUCGGUGCUUUCUCGAGAAACCUUAAACUGCAAAGAAAUUCAUUUAUGGAACGCAGCCUUAAGGUGGGCACAUGCAGAAUGCCUACGAGAAGAUCUGGAACCAACUCCAAGCAAUCAAAGACGACUAUUGGGAUCUGCUUUGAAUUUAAUUAGACUUCCUGCCAUGAGUUUGGAAGAAUUUGCUAAUAGCGCAGCGCAAACUGGUAUACUCACACAGCAAGAAACAAUCGACGUAUUUCUUCACUUCAUUGCCAGUACAAAGCCUCUACUUUGCUUUCCUAUUAAACCCCGACAGGGAUUAAAAACUCAGGCGUGUCAUCGAUUUCAAUCAUGUGCAUAUAGAUCGAACCAGUGGCGCUACCGAGGCCGUUGUGAUUCCAUCCAGUUCAGUGUCGACAAGCGAAUCUUCGUUGUCGGCUUCGGCCUGUACGGAAGCUCUUCCGGCGCAGCCGAUUACAAUGUUCGCAUCGAACUUAAGAGACUUGGUCGUGUUCUAUCCGAGAAUAAUACUAAAUUCUUUUCCGACGGUUCGAGUAACACCUUUCACGUAUACUUCGAGAAUCCUAUACAGAUUGAACCAGAGAACUUUUAUACGGCUAGUGCGAUCCUUGAUGGGGGCGAACUAAGUUACUUCGGCCAAGAGGGUAUGUCUGAGGCAACAGUCGGCAGCGUCACUUUCCAAUUUCAGUGCAGCUCCGAGAGCACGAAUGGCACCGGUGUUCAAGGUGGACAGAUACCAGAACUGAUAUUUUAUGGACCACCCUCAGACGAAUGACGUAAUUUCAUUAGCGAAAUAUGUUAAUUUUGAAUACGCCAAAAAUAAUUAAAUUCUAUUUUUGAGGCGAUUAUAUUUGUAAAUUGAACAUUAAUAAAGUACGUAGCAAAAAGUACAGAAUAAAAA